CCCUGUCGCAAAAAUGCAACUCAUAACAAUAUUGACUUUAUAUAUGAUCAAAAACCUACAAAUACCCCAUCUUUAAUAUGUUACUAAUCGCUGGUAUGACUCGCAAUCUCCUCUCGGUAACAUCAGCAUACAUACAAGGGAUGUAUAUAAUGAUUCUGCCAUACAUAGUAAAAUGUAUAUAUGUUUUUCAGUUCAACUGCAGUAUUGAUUAACGAAGAUAUAGGUAUGAGUUCAAUAUAAGCGUCAAAUAAAAAUAAAUCAAUCAAUAGAUUAUCAUUUUACCCGAUCGCCUUGAAGGCCUCUUUUGUCUCGUGUUGUUGUGUGAUGCAGCUAGCUAGCCAACGUUAUUGCUUUCCGUAAGUCAUCAGCUACCCAGCCAAAGCUACAUUUUUAUAUUGAAAUUAUAACAACAUAAUUAUAACCAAAGCGCAUAAAGAAUGAGAAGAGUCACCUUAUUUGUAAACGGGACAUCUAAAAAUGGCAAGGUUGUAGCAGUAUACGGGACCUUGUCCGACUUACUAUCUGUAGCAAGCAAUAAGUUAGGAAUUAAAGCCUCCUGUCUAUACAAUGGUAAAGGCGGUCUUAUAGAUGAUAUUGCCCUUAUCAGAGAUGACGACGUGCUGUAUGUGUCAGAAGGAGAUCCAUUUAUUGACCCUCAGAAUGAAGCCAAGGUUGCAUCUGAUCCCCAAGGAGCACACACCGACUGGCUGACCCUUAACAUUGGUGGGCGUCUCUUCACCACCACUAGGAGUACCUUGGUCACCAAAGAGCCAGAGAGCAUGCUUGCUCACAUGUUUCGAGAGAAAGAUGUGUGGGGGAACAAGCAGGAUGAGCACGGGGCUUACCUAAUUGACCGCAGCCCUGAAUACUUUGAGCCUAUUCUCAACUACUUGAGACACGGUCAACUCAUCAUCAAUGAAGGCAUAAAUAUACGAGGUGUCCUCGAGGAGGCUCGCUUCUUUGGAAUUGAGCAGCUUGCUGAACAGCUAGAAGUAGUAAUCAAGAACUCCCAGCCACCUGAGGACCACUCUCCCAUUUCCCGUAAAGAGUUUGUUCGUUUUCUUCUGGCAACACCCACUAAGUCAGAGCUCCGCUGUCAGGGACUUAAUUUCAGUGGCGCCGAUCUGUCUCGGCUUGAUCUGCGCUAUAUCAAUUUCAAGAUGGCAAAUUUGAGCCGAUGCAAUCUGACGCAUGCCAACCUGUGCUGCUCCAAUCUGGAGCGGGCUGAUCUUUCUGGAGCCAACCUGGAUGGUGCCAACUUACAAGGGGUGAAGAUGCUGUGUUCCAAUGCUGAAGGUGCUUCUCUUAAAGGAUGCAAUUUUGAAGAUCCAUCUGGACUGAAGGCCAACCUGGAAGGUGCCAACCUGAAAGGAGUUGACAUGGAAGGAAGCCAAAUGACCGGUAUCAACCUGCGUGUGGCCACUCUCAAAAAUGCAAAGCUGAAGAACUGCAACCUGCGGGGAGCCACUUUAGCAGGGACCGAUCUCGAGAACUGUGACCUGUCCGGCUGUGACCUACAGGAAGCCAACCUCAGAGGGUCCAAUGUGAAAGGAGCCAUUUUUGAAGAGAUGCUGACCCCUCUGCACAUGUCACAGAGUGUGAGAUAACUCAUCACUCGCAUCCAAGCCCAGUGUGGGGCCACAACUGACUCCUUUAUUGAUCUUUCCCUUUCAGUACAGUGCGGUGUAGCCCUCUCCUUUAAAUCCCUCUUUACCUGUCUGCCACACAGGUAUCUGUAUGCACAUCCCUGGCAUUCCACCAAUAUUACGUUAGCUUUAAAUAUCUUGCACUAGAGUUUAUCCAGGGUGGUCCGUGUGUGUUUGUAUGGUAGGAUGUUUUUAAAUGUUCAGCUGCAUAUAUCACCAAAACAAAGUAAUGUUCUUAGUGUGUGUACAUGUGUCUGGAUGCGAUCCAGUGACUACAUUCAUGUAAUUUUAUGCAUAAUUUAUAUUUACUUCAUUGUACUUGACAUGUUAAAAUCAGUCAAAAUCAGAUUACGUGUGAGCCGUGAGUUCAGAGCACAGAGCUUCACUGAAUGCUGCUGUAGCAGAAGGAGGAGAGGACGCUUGCCAAUAACUGUGUUAUAUAUUCCUCUUGAACUAAAUGUUGCUGGAUUAAAUAUAUUAUAAAGAAAAUAAUGCAAGCCAAAGCCAUACAACAGCAUAGUCUGAAAGGCUUACAAUGCUGUUAGUGUAAAUCUAUGCUACAGGCUAGUUCUAAACACAGCUUGGGUAUGCAAUACGUGAUUUAGAGCUGUGAGGGUUCUCCUUUCCUACUUUGAAAUAUUGUUUUUUUUAAAAAAAAAGCUUUCCCUUGUUUUGCGCUCUGCAAAUCUACCUCUUUGAUUAAUCUAGUGUGUGAGUGAUCCACUAUUGCAUGCAUUUCAGCGUGGCACGGUUUAUUAUACCGUCUAUAUGUGCCACUCAUUAUUAUUCAAAUUCCGUUAUGAGAAGAGAAGCGCUUUAACAGAAAAACCAUUUCCACGUGAUCAUGUUGUUGAAACUGUCUCCAUUUAUCUAUAGUAUGUAUAUCACUUAAUCAUGCUUAUUUCAACUUAUUUGCACAAGUAUAUGUAACACGAUAUACCCUUUCACCAAAAGAAAGUUUGGUGCUUGUAAUCUUAUGUAAAUCCAAUCCAGUGCUUCCAACCCCCCCAAAAAAACCCCGUCAUUUGUAGAGUAGGCAGGUGUCGUCAGCUGUUCCACUUCAGUUCUUAUUAGACGGUGUCUGUUUGCAUGUGUGAAGAGCUACGCUUGUCAUUGACUGGUUGAAGUCUCUCUGGCCGUAGCUCAAAGCUGCUCCGAUGCAAUACUAUUCACUCAGUUAAAUAGUAGGUACCCAGCCGGUGAGAAUGAACGAUGAAGGCAAUCAUGUUGUAUUUCUUAUUGAGUGUGAAAAUCAAUGGAAGAGCUAUGGUUAUUUAUUUUAAUACACUUCACUGAAUGCAAUCUGGGGCAGGGGUUGAUUUGUUUAUGAGACGGGUAGCGGUGUAGUUAUCCCUGUCUACAAUUAUUGCACUCGACCAUGGAAAUAUGUUUCCAUAAAUGACUGUUAUAAAUAAACUGAAGAAGAUGAAGAAAACAA